GUCCCGUCCCGUCCCCGGUACCAAACACACCCAAAGCUCCCCACCACCAAAAAAUCCCCCAAUUUCCUUCGUGCCGCAAGAGGAGCGCGUUUUUGCGGCGGCGGCGAUGUCGGGGCGCGGCAAGGGCGGCAAGGGCCUGGGCAAGGGCGGCGCCAAGCGCCACCGGAAGGUGCUCCGCGACAACAUCCAGGGGAUCACGAAGCCGGCGAUCCGGAGGCUGGCCCGUAGGGGCGGCGUGAAGCGCAUCUCGGGGCUCAUCUACGAGGAGACCCGCGGCGUCCUCAAGAUCUUCCUCGAGAACGUCAUCCGCGACGCAGUCACCUACACCGAGCACGCCAGGCGCAAGACCGUCACCGCCAUGGACGUCGUCUACGCGCUCAAGCGCCAGGGCCGCACCCUCUACGGAUUCGGCGGCUAGGCCGGGGCGCCUCUCCUUCGAUCCCCGUGCGUUUUCUGGGUUGUUGCCGUGUGUGGUUAGGGAUGUUACCAUCUCUUGUUACGGAAUUAGCCUAUGUCGGCUUCUGUGGUAGGAGUAGUAGUAUUGCUGCAAUUGUUGCCUUUCUGAAUGUAAUCUUAUCUUUCUGAAAUGAAGGAAUGCGUACUGGUCAACAUGUAUGAGGAUUGAACAUACCUGCAGCAAAGAAAUGAUAGUAAUCAUGUUGCAAA